AUGGUAACCCUCUUCCAGCUCUGGGCUGGAGUGAAUAUUGAUGCUGACAAUGCAUCGCCCUCACCAUCAAAUGCUCGUCCUCAUCUCGGUCAGGUCUGCCCCGUCCAUCGCCGCUAUGGGGCUAACGUCAUCUUCUUUUUCACCAUGGGCCCAGGAGUAGUUCCUGGCCCCCUGGCUCCGCCCAACCGUUUCGCCAAACAGCCAGCUGCAGGUUUGAAUGGGCUCCAGUAUCACUCUUUGGGCACGACACGGAUUCUAGACUCUGUCCUGGGGGGCAAGGUGGGAGUUGCUCAGCCGCCCAGGUCCACUGUCAGGGGCAUGGCUUCCAUUAUUGAGCCCCCCACCUGCAUCGUGCUGUUCCAGUCUCAGUUCCAGUCCCAGUUCGAGUUCCGGUUCCAGUUCCAGUCCAGUCGCAGUCACAGUUCCAGUUCCAGCCCCAGUCCUAGUUCCAGUUCCAGUCACAGUUCCAGUUCCAGCCCCAGUCCUAGUUCCAGUUCCAGUCACAGUUCCAGCUCCAGUCACAGUUCCAGUUCCAGUCACAGUUCCAGUUCCAGUCACAGUUCCAGCCCCAGUCCUAGUUCCAGUUCCAGUCACAGUUCAAGUUCCAGUCACAGUUCCAGUUCCAGUCACAGUUCCAGUUCCAGUCACAGUUCCAGCCCCAGUCCUAGUUCCAGUUCCAGUCACAGUUCCAGUUCCAGUCACAGUUCCAGCCCCAGUCCUAGUUCCAGUUCCAGUCACAGUCCCAGUUCCAGUCACAGUUCCAGUUCCAGUCACAGUUCCAGUCACAGUUCCAGUUCCAGUCACAGUUCCAGUCACAGUCCCAGUUCCAGUCACAGUUCCAGUCACAGUCCAGUUCCAGUCACAGUUCCAGUUCCAGUCACAGUUCCAGUCCCAGUUCCAGCCCCAGUCCUAGUUCCAGUUCCAGUCACAGUUCCAGCCCCAGUCCUAGUUCCAGUCCCAGUCCUAGUUCCAGUUCCAGUCACAGUUCCAGUUCCAGUCACAGUUCCAGCCCCAGUCCUAGUUCCAGUUCCAGUCACAGUUCCAGUCACAGUCACAGUUCCAGUCCCAGUCACAGUUCCAGUCACAGUCACAGUUCCAGUCCCAGUCACAGUUCCAGUCCCAGUCACAGUUCCAGUUCCAGUCACAGUUCCAGUCCCAGUCACAGUUCCAGUUCCAGCCCCAGUCCUAGUUCCAGUUCCAGUCACAGUUCCAGUCCCAGUCACAGUUCCAGUCACAGUUCCAGUUCCAGUCUCAGUCCUAGUUCCAGUUCCAGUCACAGUUCCAGUUCCAGUCACAGUUCCAGUCCCAGUCACAGCCCCAUAUGUACCCACAGGAACACCAUACAGAUACCAACAUACAUCUCACCAGAAAUUCAAAAACACACUCAAGACACACAAUCACCUCAAACCUACUCAACUACCAUAA